CAGCCGGUGUCAAGGUCGAGUUGUGAAAGAAAUAAAACAAGCGACUGCUUUCCUUCCUUCUCAUGGUGAAGAAAUAUGAACAUGGUACACUUACCGGCAAGACUUGCAGUAUUUAUGAUGGCCAACCUAAUGCUCUGUGAGUCGGAGGAACAUACAGAUGGGAGAUUAGAUCCAACCUGCAGCGAAAUCCACAACGGCACAAACGAGGGAACAAUUCAAAACCCAAUGUACCCGGACAAUGAUCAUGGUUCCAAAUUCUGCAAUUAUCAAAUUACGGUUCCUUCCAACAAUCAAGUUGCUCUGAGCUUCCCUGAGCUUGAAUCUCAGCAAAGGUACAUGGGAUUAGUUGUGUUCGACGGCCCAGAUUGUAUGUCAAGAUGGAUCGGAUACCUAAAUUACCCAAAUAAUAAGCCAUUCAUUUCGUCUGGAAACAGUAUCACAGCAGUGCUGACUGUUCCACUUAAAUUUGAGGUUUGGCGAUUCAAAGGAAAUUAUGCUACAGUUUUGCCGGAUAAUAUUUGCCGUAACUUUUCAGACAGCUGCAAAUAG